CCAUUCAACCAACAGCAUGAUCAUUCAUCAAAUCAACACAUUCACUAAUUCACAUUCUCUCAUUUUUUCCAUAGCUCAAACAGAUCCCUAAUGGCGAUGAGAUCCAUCAUUAUCUCAAGAUCACAUUCUCUUCUUCAUUUGAAGCACUCAUCCAAUUCCAAUUUAAGAUUGCUUCGUCUCUUCAGCGAUCAAGGCCGCGUCCUUGACGACGAAGAACGUGCUCGUGAGAAUCUCUACGUCAAGAAAAUGGAGAAAGAAAAGCUGGAGAAGCAGAAGCAGAAAAUGGAAGGAAAAGACAAAUUAGACGAUAAAGAUAAAUCUGAGAAGAAACCAUAAGGAAGAAGGCAAAACUUGUAAGCUGAGAUCUUAAUCGACUUCUGAAGCUCUUAGACUCAAGUAGAUUAAUAAACGUGAGUCUGAAAACAAGACUUAAAUUGGUCAAUCGUUAAUGGUGUUUUCUGCAAUUUUUACACUUUUUACAUUUCAUUGUCGUGCUUCGUUUUAUAAAACAAAAGCACAGUUUUGUUUUAUGGGUCAAUGAAGAACUUAUCAUAUGAUUUUUUUUUAAAGAUAUCUGUUUUUGGAACUUACCCAAA